GAGUAUAAAGACUCAGGCUGAGGCUCGGAGUGGCAUUCUGAGAGAAGAGCUGGAGACAGCCUGUCAUGGAAGUACAGAUUAAUACCGGGCUUCAACAGACAAACUGCAGCACCAUGUGUGAAUCCACGCAGAGGUCCUGCGAACCUCGCAGGAAGCGAACGGAUGAGCGCAGUGCACCCUCAGAGAUGGCACGGAUUAUCACGGAUCCUGCCACGGGGAAGUGCUACUGUCGUGGAAAAGUUUUGGGAAAGGGGGGUUUUGCAAAAUGCUAUGAGAUGACUGACCUGUCCACCAGCAAAGUUUACGCGGCCAAGAUCAUCCCGCACGCGCGCGUCUCCAAACCUCACCAACGAGAGAAGAUUGACAGAGAAAUUGAGCUGCACAGGGCAUUGCACCAUAAACACAUUGUGCACUUUUAUCACCAUUUUGAAGACAAGGAGAACAUCUACAUUCUGCUGGAAUACUGUAGUAGAAAGUCUUUAGCCCACAUUCUCAAGGCUCGCAAAGUGCUUACAGAACCAGAGGUGCGUUAUUACCUGAGACAGAUUGUGUCUGGACUGAAGUAUCUGCAUGAGCAAGAAAUCCUCCACCGAGACCUGAAACUGGGUAACUUUUUUGUGAGCGAGUCGAUGGAACUUAAAGUCGGAGACUUUGGACUGGCUGCCAAGUUAGAGCCUGCGGGCAACAGGAGGAAGACGAUCUGUGGGACUCCCAACUACCUGUCCCCCGAGGUGCUCAACAAGCAGGGUCACGGCUGUGAAUCUGACAUCUGGGCCUUAGGCUGUGUAAUGUACACUAUGCUGCUGGGUCGCCCCCCAUUUGAAACUACCAACCUGAAGGAGACAUACAGGUGCAUAAGGGAGGCCCGCUACUCCCUUCCCUCCUCCCUUUCGCCACAGGCUAAACAGCUAAUUGCCACUCUGCUGGCCAAGAUUCCCGAGGACAGACCCAACCUGGACCACAUUCUGAGGCACGACUUCUUUACUCAGGGCUUCAGUCCAGAGCGUCUGCCGGCUAGCUGUUGCCAUUCAGCACCAGAUUUCCACAUUUCUAGUCCAGCCAAGAGUUUCUUCAAGAAAGCUGCGGCUGCUCUGUUUGGUGGAAAGAGGGACAAGGUCAAAUACUAUGAGACAUUGAAUAAGUUAACAAAAGAGGAAGAAGAAAUCUACAAACUGCAACAUGACUUGGAAAAAACCAACAUCAGCCAACAUCAGAGCAAAAGGAUGUCUGAGAAUGGAAGUCUACUUCCGCCACCUGCCAGUAGUCCAGUUGCCCUGGCAACAGAGAGCCAGUCCCCAGCAACGCAAGACACCAUCCGUCUGAUCGUCAGGGGGAGUCUGGGCAGCUGCAGCAGCAGUAGUGAAUGUCUGGAGGACAACACAACAGGGAGCAUGGCUGAGACUGUUGCGAGUGUAUUAAAGGGAUGUCUGGAGAAAAUGCCUAAAGCAAAUGACAUUCCUUCAGCCUCAAACAGUUGCAAUCUUCAGUGGGUGACUAAAUGGGUGGACUACUCCAACAAGUAUGGCUUUGGUUACCAGUUGUCUGAUUACACCGUGGGCGUUCUCUUCAACAACGGCACUCACAUGAGCCUCUUGCCAGACCGAAAGACCAUCCAUUACUACGCAGAGUUGGGCCAGCGCUCUGUGUUCCCCACCUGUGAGGUUCCAGAGCACUUUGUGGGCCAGGUGACGGUGCUCAAGUAUUUUUCACACUACAUGGAGGAAAAUCUUAUGGAUGGCGGAGACCUCGGUACUAUCACAGAUGCACACAUGCCUAGACUCUACUUGCUGCAGUGGCUCAAGUCUGAUCGUGCCCUCAUGAUGCUCUUUAACAAUGGCACAUUCCAGGUUAACUUCUACCACGAUCACACCAAGAUCAUCCUGUGUUCCCAGAGGGAUGAGUAUGUGCUGACAUACAUCAAUGAAGACCGCGUCUCCAAAACCUUCAAGCUUAGCUCUCUGUUGACAUCCGGGUGCCCCACCGACCUGCGUCAGCGCUUGGUGUACUCCCUCAAUAUGCUCCUGCAGAGAUGCAGCUAAGCCUACAACAUGCAUUAUGGACAGAACAACUGACAGGUCUACUCACUGUGCCGCUGCAGUGCUGCAGAAGAACGAGGAGCAGAAAAAAACAACCUGCGAAAGAUGUGUGGAUUGCUUGGCUGGGCUUGAGCAGAAUAAGAACACAUUCCUACACCGGUGCACCGUCAUGACUCAGCAUCGGUGCAGGUGAAACCUUAAUGCCAAGAGACUGAAAGAGGCUGAGAGUAUGAAAUGUAGCACCAUGACCGUGGAAGGAAAAGGGCUGAUUUAUAUUGAUUGAUUGAUGGAAAGUAGGAAGGACCGGGUAUGUCGGUACGAAUGUAACCCAAGAUGCUUUAGGGGGAAAAAAGAGGGAUGUGUAGGAAGUAAAGACAGCUGCUGGGCUGGUACCAGCUUGAUUGUGUAAGUAUAGAUUGACUGUAGAGGUAUACACUGAUGUUCUGAACCCACACAGAACGUUUCAGAUAUUGUAAAUCAUGUACAGUUCAUAUCACAACCAUCACAGCAAUGCAAAGAAAUUACAUGCUGAUGUGUGUGUGUGUGUGUGUGUGCUUCAGGGUUUGGUUGUUUCUGAUUGUUUGUCUCUGUCCGAGCGAUAGGAGUGUAAUAUCACACUAACUUUAAAAACUGUGAUUUGUUCUCUUUAUUGGGCUAAGCACACUGAGCUAGGGACCAGAGAGGGGGUGUGGGCAAGGAGAGGCGCAGGAGGAGAGAAUUUUACGAGGGUAAACAGUACUAAAGAUCCUUACAGAUCCCUUCAGAGCCAUUAUCACCUUGGUAAAAUUGUACUAAAUAACUUAUUGUGACAGAAAAGUUCAGUAUUUAUUUAUUUAAUAAACAAGAAUGUUUUC